AUGAGAAAAUGCAUAAAAAGCAUAGGAAAAAAUACUAAAAUCAUUAAAAUGGUACUAGCUAUUCUUAUAGUUCUAUCAGUAUUGCCCAGUAUUACAGUAAUCUUCUGGAAAUAGAAAUAAUAUCUAAUAGGUGAGCUUGAUGCAACCUUAUACACCCAGUUAAGCUCAGCAAAUGGCUCGGCCUUCCUCAAUUAUACAAAAGUCUAAGAACUUUUAAAAGGUGAUCCUGAAAAUUAUAAGAUAAGUCCUAGAAAGAUAUUUUGCGCUACUAGAAUUACACUUAUAAAAAAUAGAGAAUAGGAAUAGCUAGUCCUUAGAAAGAAUUAAGAAUCUUAGAAGCUCAAAAAUUAAAAGCAUGGAUAAAUUAAUGAAAGAUAGCUUAGCAUCGAUGAGUAAGAUCUAAAAAUUAAUAAAACAGAAUCAGAAUCCUCAUCUUAAUAAAAUCCUAAAGUAGUCGAAGAAGAAUAUACAUGCUUAUAUGCAAUUGAUACAGAUAGAGAAAGAGAAAUAUAAAUUGGAGAACGUUAUAAAUAUCCUAAACUAGAAAAGGAUUAGUGCUAUCUUAAUUUUUACUAACUGAGUUCAUUAGGUGGGAUAAUAGGAGAUGAACUUAUUCUAGAUUUAAUGGCUGAUGAGUUGAUUCAGUAGUUAAUUAGAUUGUACAAUGAAUAGCAUGCAGAUUUUUAUGCCCUUCCAAGAAUUAUUCCAAACAUAAUCUAUGAUCCACUCAGUAUUAAAUGCAAAGUAAGAGAUUCUUUUAGAACAACUCAUGUCAAAUUACCUAAUUGGCGUGAUUCAAAUGCUGCUUUCGUAGAAUACGAGCAUUUAUUUGAAACACUAUUGCAAAAUUUUCCAAUUAAUUUAAGAUAAAAUAGGGAUUUCAUUAAGUUCGCUACGAAUAAUCAAAAGCUAGAAUAUUUUGCAGAUCAGAUAGUAAUGACCUUACCUUCACCUAGACAAGAUUGGUAUUAAAACAAAGAUUUCGAUGUAACAUACACAAGAAUCACUUAAUAUAUGGGAAAAUUGCAAGAGAAACUAGGAUUUUAUUCAGUCUCCUUUGAUUUGGGUUUACUUAGAAAUAUGGGUUACAUUUAAAAUAACUUUGCUAUGUACUAUCUUUUGAUAGACAUCAUCGUCAUUAUUUUUGUCAUCAUUUCAGUAAUGCUUGUGCAUUCACUGAUAAUGAUUAAGGUUGAAACAAAAACUUAUGAAACAGGUAUUUUAAGAAUGGUUGGGGUUAAAUAGAAAAACCUAUUAUUCAUGAUGUUUAUCUAGUGUGCGAUGUUUGUUGCUCCAGCAAUUUUAUUAGCAUUUAUUGUAUGCAUUCCAGCUUUAGAAGCUGUAUAUACAAUAGUUUUAGGCGCUUUACUUGAUAGUAGAUUUGAACCAUAUCCUACAAAGGAUGCUGCUAUUGUGGCGAUUUUAAUUGGAACUUUAAUUCCCUUUUUGAGUUCAAUUAUGCCUAUGAUGGCAUUACUUGAUUAAAAUUUAAUAACUUCUCUGAGCUAUGAAAGAAGUAGAGUUCAAUCUCAUUACAUUGAGAUGAUUGAUAGUAAUAAGGCAAGCAUUUUACCAAGAUUUUUGUUUGGCCUAUUCGUUGCUACGUAUGGUUUCAUUGUAUACUAUUUCUUGCCAUUAUCAAUGCUUGCAAAUAAUUUAACUCUACUUCUCAGAAUAUUUGUUUUUAUUCUUGUAUGUUUCAUAUUUGGACUGAGUCUAUUGACUAGUAAUCUUUAAACUUUGCUUGAGAGAGUAAUAAUUAAGUCAAUGUUUUUUUGGGAGAAAAAAUCUACAUAAAUUAUGCUUAACAAUAACAUUAAAGCUCAUAGACCUAGGAAUAAAUUUACUACUACUAUUUAUUCUACUGCUCUUGGAUUUGUUAUAUUUCUUUUGAUUACUUCCAGAGUUAUAGUCUAACUUUUUGAAUCUAAGAUAUUUAAUUGGUAUGGUUCUCUACCAAUGUUUAGAAGUGGUGACCCCAUCGCCUUGUAACCCUAAUAUAUUGAGCCAGCACUAAUUAAAUAUAAAGAGUACAUUGAGUCUCAUUCUUUUAUAACUACCAAAUUAGAUUAAUUAAAAAGUUCAUAUGAUGCUGGGUUUUAAGUAAGCAACAUUCCCAGGACAGAGUACUUAGAUGUUUUCAUUAAUGGAAUUUAGCCAAAUUUCUUUGAAGUUGUCAGGCAAGAUUUGGUAUCUUUUCAUAAGAAAAAAAGUGCAUUAACUAUUGGAGAAGCACUGUAUACUGCUAAAGGAUCUUAAGGAUGUAUCAUAGGUAGUUAUCCUAGUGAUAAAGUUAAAACAAGAACACAGGAUGAUAUGGAGUAUUUUAUAUUACAGAGUAAAAGUUAUAAGAACUCUUUAGUGCGGCUGAGGCCAGUGGUUGAGAUGAAACAAUCUCCUAUUUUUUAAUUCAUAGAUAGAGAACCUUAGGAAGCAGAUUCAUCUAACAGUUUGCUUAUAUCUUUACCUAUGAUGGCAUAUUUUUAGAACAGAAAAUUUUCUGAUCUUACUUUCAAUAACCUAAUUGUCAAAUUUAAGGAUGAGAAAUCCAAGAAAUAAUUUAAUGAUGACUUAUAAUAAGCUGUUAAGUUAGCAGUUCCAAAGGGUCAUUUAGAUGGAUUCUGGAUUGAAUCUGCAAUAAGAUCAUAGUAAGAAAUGGGAGAUAGAGUACUUACAAACAUAUUCAACUUAAUAAUUAUUGUGACUUUACUUCUGGGAUUCUUCUCACUAAGCUCAACGAUGCAGUCAAACAUUUAUGAGUAAUCAAAAGAAAUAGGAGUGCUUAGAUCUAUUGGUGUGAAAAAGAUAAGUAUAAUAAUGCUCUAUGUUUAUGAAUCCUUUGUCUUAGUUACAGCUAGUUCAGCUUUAGGUACUUUAAUAGGCUGUAUACUUGGCUACUCGAUGUGUCUUUAGUUUUCACUGAUUGUUAGAAUACCUAUUCAUCUUUUCUUUCCUUUCCAAUAAAUGAUAUUGAUCGUGAUUUGCUCAAUAGUAUGCUCUUUUGUUAGCACAUACAAGCCAACAAAAAAGAUUAUUGAUUAAAACAUUUCAGAAAUUUUAAAGACUGCUUGA